AUGGCGCCCUCAUUAUAUACUUUUACAUCCGAGACGUUAUCUGCGCUUCGCAAAUUUAGAUUUGGUAGUUCUAGAGUUGACAAGAUGCAAGCUAUUAUAUAUACAAUCGAUAAAGGAUCUUACGAAAUCAAGAGAGAGGACGAAGACCAAGUCAUAGACAAUAUUGAAGAAUUGACAGAAGAAUUACCAGACAAUAGUCCUAGAUUUGUGGUUUUAUCGUACCCAUUCAAAUUAUCGGAUGGGAGAUUGAAGACUCCAUUGGUGUUGUUGUACUGGAGACCCCCAACAUGUGGCCAGGAGAGCAAGAUGUUAUACGCAGGGUCAGUUGAAUUGAUGAGAGAAAAGGCCGGAGUAGCAAAGGUUAUUGAAAUAAGUGAUGAAGAAGACUUCGAGGAUCUCGAGGAUCAAUUAAAGUAG